AUGGGUUUCGGGUUUGCUCUCUGCAGGCCCCGGCGUGGGAGAUACGGCAGCAGGGAGCGGGGAGGCCGCGACUUCAGAGACAGAGGCGGCUGGUGGGGGGCUUAUGACCGAAGAGAUAGAGAAAGAGACAGAGAAAGAGACAGAGACAGGGAGAGAGACAGGGAGAGGGAGGACGGUGGCUACAGCCACAGGGGCAGCUCCUACAGGGAUGACUACAGAGAGUCUCGCAGGCGCGGGUACGCUGAUGCUGUUGCUGCUGCUGCGGGGGGGGUGUAUGCUGUUGCUGUUGCGAGCGGGGCGCGUGCUGCCGCUGCUGAUGCUGGUGUAGCAGCAGGAGGUGAUGGAUGUUUGCUUGUGGAUGCACUUCGGGGUAUGAUGACUACAGAGAGUCUCGCAGGCGCGGCAGGAGCCGCAGCCGCAGCCGUAGCCGAUCGCCGAGGCGAUCUCCUUCGUAUAGUGGGGACUCACGAGGCUCUCGGCCUGGGGGAUAACGGCAGGGGGAGAGGGAAGCUGCUGCCAAAGUCGCUGCCGCCGCAGCAGCAGGAACAAGACCAGAAGCAGCAGCAGCAACAACAGCAGCAGCAGCAGCAGCACCAUUUCCAUCGAGCUUUUUGCUACUGCUGCUGUGGCGUUGGGGUGCGCUGA